GCUGGAGCAGACAUUGCAAAUGUUUGCAAUGAAGCUGCACUGAUAGCUGCAAGGACUGAGAGUACAAUAAUUACAAUGCAACAUUUUGAGGCAGCUAUAUAUCGGGUUAUUGGGGGUCUGGAGAAGAAGAACAAGGUCAUAAGCAAGCUGGAACGACAAACUGUUGCUUACCAUGAAUCUGGCCAUGCUGUUUCUGGUUGGUUUUUGGAGCAUGCUGAACCAUUGUUUAAAGUCACAAUUGUUCCUUGUGGUACUGCAGCUCUUGGUUUUGCUCAGUAUGUUCCAAAUGAAAAUCUUUUGAUGACCAAAAAGCAGCUGUUUGAUAUGACGUGCAUGACACUUGGUGGCCGAGCAGCAGAACAGGUUUUGAUUGGGAAGAUCUCAACAGGAGCCCAGAAUGAUUUGGAGAAAGUCACCAAGAUGACCUAUGCUCAAGUGGCUGUGUACGGUUUCAGUGACAAUGUUGGUCUUCUUUCUUUUCCUCAAAGGGAUGAUGCAAUGGAGAUGACCAAGCCAUACAGCAGCAAGACUGCUGCGAUCAUUGACAGUGAAGUCAGAGAAUGGGUAGCUAAGGCAUAUGACCGCACUUCACUGCUAAUCGAGGAACAUAAAGAGCAUGUAGCACAAAUUGCUGAAUUGUUACUGGAGAAGGAGGUCUUACAUCAAGAAGACUUGGUCCGAGUACUCGGUGAGCGUCCCUUUAAGAGUAGUGAACCUACAAACUAUGAUAGGUUCAAGGAAGGGUUUCUAGAAGAUACAGAAACUAAAGAUAUCUCUAAUGGCAAGCCUGUAGAGGAUGAGCGAUCACCACCUCUGGAUCCAGAUAUUGUUCCAGCAUAAUCGCUGGAAGCUUGUUUCUGAAGGUAAAUUGGAUAGUAUUGGAUAUUAUUAACAAAAAAGAAGUCAAGAUUUAAUUAAUUAUACUAUCUGAUCUUGUCAAGCACCGUGUAACAAACAUUUUCUCAAUGCAUUAUGGUCUGUGAAUGACUUGCAUCA